ACCAUGGUCGCCUUCUGGAACGCGUCGGAGCCCCAGGGGCUGUCCCCCGAGAGCGUGACAGUCCCUGUCGUGUUCCUUCUCAUCUUCCUGCUCGGCGCCUUCGGCAACAGCCUCGUCAUCAUCGUGCUGCUGUGCAGCGGGCAGCGCGGCAGCAGCAACACCACCACCAACAUCUUCAUCCUCAACCUCAGCGUCGCCGACCUCUGCUUCAUCCUCUUCUGCGUGCCGUUCCAGGCCACCAUCUACACGCUCGACGGCUGGAUCUUCGGCUCGUUCCUCUGCAAGGCCGUGCACUUCAUCAUCUUCCUCACCAUGUUCGCCUCCAGCUUCACGCUGGCGGCCGUGUCCGUCGACAGGUACCUGGCCAUCCGCUACCCCCUGCGCUCGCGCGAGCUACGCACGCCACGCAAGGCCGCAGCCGUCAUCGCGGCCAUCUGGGGUCUGGCGCUGGUGUUUGCGGGCCCCUACCUCAGCUACUACCAGGCCGUGACCUUCCAGAACAUGUCCAUGUGCAUGCCCGUGUGGGCCAAAGAGCCGCGCAAGCUCAUGGACAUGGUGACGUUCGUGUGCGGCUACCUGGUGCCCGUGUCCGUGUUGGGCCUGGCCUACGCCUUCACGCUCAAGUACCUGUGGACGGCCGUGGACCCGCUCGAGGAGAUGUCCGAGUCGAAGAGGGCCAAGCGCAAGGUGACCACCAUGAUCCUCAUUGUGGCCGGCCUGUUCUGCGCCUGCUGGCUGCCCCACCACGUGCUCAUCCUCUACUUCUGGUUCGGCCACUUCCCGCUGACGCACGCGACCUACGCCUUCAGGCUGCUCUCGCACUGCAUGUCCUACGCCAACUCGUGCCUCAACCCGCUGGUCUACGCGCUCGUCAGCAAGCACUUCCGCAAGGGCUUCCGCAAGGCCUUCGCGUUCGCCUGCGGCCGCCGCUGCUGCUGCCACCGCCGCCGCCACCACCACCACCACCAUCACCACCCCCGACGCGGCCGCGUCACGAAAGUGCACGUGCUGCAGGUGGCCAACCGCGUCGACGUGGCCACCACGGAGCUGUCGCACAAUGAGGCCGAGCGGGCCGGCUCGGCGAGGCACGGCAGCGGCGGUGGAGGCGGCGGUGGAGGCAGCGGCGGCGGUGUCCACGCUCGUGGCGCAGUCGCCAGCAGCGGCGCCCGGGUCGGCGUCACGAAGUCUCACGCGCCGUACUUCGCUUUCUCGUCCGAGUGA